AUGACGAAGCCCCUCCUCUCGCUUCUUUCGAUUCGAGAUGAUUCCCUCCGGGCAUUCCUUCCUGGCCGUCUUUGGAUUCGUGGGGCCUCGAAUGCUCUGCGACUCGUGUGGAAGAUUCGAACUCCGACGUGGCGACUUCGACUUUCAGAGUCGCUGAUUCGCAUGCACACCGUCGAUCAAGUGCAGGGAAAUGAGCCUCGCCGAAUUUCCGGGUUUUCUUUCCUGGAUCGGGACCGGAUCGGGACCGGAUGGGGUCCGGAUCGGGUCCGGAUCGAGAUUCUCCCGAGUAUCGAAAGAAAAAGAGGAAAAAAGUGGGAGCGAGACGAGAUCAUCGAGGAGACACGUCUCGCAUCAAUUAUCAAGAUGGCGAGAAAGACUCCAAAAGUUCGAGCCAGCAAGGGAAAGCGGUGGGCCAAAGGAAGCAGCAGCAGCUGUAAUCCAGAGACGAAAAAGUUUCGCCAGGCUGCUAGAGGACGAUUGCCAUCAGUCCCAACUGGAGUGGAAUGCACAUAUUUGCUCACCAAGGCAAUGUUGGAAUUUGACGAGGAGAAAUCUGUGUCUGCAAUGGAACAGCGUUACCUCCUGUCAUUUGCAAUUGUCCGGUUUGUGAAUCUGGUCACAAGUUUAUACCAGAAGCAUGAGAAACAUGCAAUCCAUCGAGUUGGGGAGACAAUUGGCAUUCCUUAUUGGUUGGUGGAAUUGAGACAUGAGGUCUCUCAUUCACGUCUCCCUGGAUUGGAAGUGCUGAAGAUGGCUGUGGAGUUCUGUCUACAAUGGCUUCGAGUUGUCUAUUGGGAAAGUGAAUCAAAGUUUUUGGCUGAAUUACUGCAAGAGAAUCCAACGGGAAAUUACUUGAAGUCAGAGGAACUGGUGGAUGAGAGACCUGCUGUAGCCAUCAGGGUCUAUAAGGAGAAUCGAAUUAGGUUUCUCAAGACUCUCACCUCCACAUCUGAUGGUCAUAUGAACAUGCAGAGGCUCAAGCGCAAGAAACAAGGCAAAGGUCUACUUCCUUCAGGUGCACUCGAGUUGGCCACUCUCCGAUCAUUCAUCUCUACUCGUCCUGCCCUUGUUGCUGAUGCUCUUGUAGCUGAAGGAAACCUGCUCCCUCUUAAAAAUGCCUAUCCUUGUGUUCGAGAGUACCUAAAGCAGGAUGGCACAUCUGUCCAGCCAGAUUGGAUCAGCCUAUGGGAACCCCUCAUCUCCAUAUUUCUGGAAGAAGGAAAGGCAAAUGUGUUGCUGGAAUCCUUAUUAUCAGAACACAUGGUCAGGAAUUCUCUACAGGCCCAGAUUUGUACUAAUUGGGCCAUAUGGAUCCUGGGAAAACUGGAGGAGAAAGCAAAUGAUUCUCCACCCAAGAAAUGUCAGAAGAUAGAGGGGCAUCAUGGAUUUAGUUUAUAUGUCUGGAAUGGUCUCCUUAGGAUGGCUUCUCACAUCCCCAACCUUAGCACCUCAACCCUGAUUUCAAAAUUGAGCAGGGCUACUGAUUUGCCAAAGGAGAAGGUCAGAUUUCUGGAAGAAGUCAUUAACUUGUAUACCAGAGCCACUUCAAAGGACGAAACAUCUUUCAGUGACACAUGUGCCAUGGGUGCAACCUCAGUUGAGGGUGUGCUUGGUGCUUGGGAACUUUGCUCUGGUGAAGGUGAUUGGUCCAGUUGCCCAAUUGGACUCCUCCCUCAUCAGACUUACAAUCACCUUGAGAUGUCCAAGCUAAGUGAAUGAGUUCAUUUGUUUGCAUAGGAAGUCACCCUCCCUAAUUUGUGAGAUACUUUGUGAUAUUUCCAGGAAUAAAUAUUGUUGGCAGGGUUUCUCAUAAACA